CGCUCCCCCAACUUCCCCCAAUUUCAAAUCACACACACAGAAACAUCUCAUUUCUCUCUCACCGGAAAACCCUCAUGUCUCCGACGUUCAUAUUUCCCCCAAAUCUCGCCGCCCUAGAGCAACAAGAUUCCGGCGAUGAUGCUUCUGUUCUCUCCGUCCAACACUCCACCUGCAUCUCCUCUCUCCGUCCUUCAGAUCUCGAAGAAUUCGUCAAAGGCAUUUCGUUCGAUUUAUCGGACAAAGAGCUGUUUUGCGUCGAAGAACAAGACGUUUUUGAUAGGAUUUACUCACUGGUGAAGUGUUUCGGUGACCUAACUCCUGGUUCGAAGCUGAAUAUUGUUGAGAGUCUUCGGUCCAACUUUAGUGUGUUGCUUCCGAAUAUUGAUUCACUUUUUAGGGCUGCGGCUUCGCCUGCUAGUGGGAGUGGAUGUGGUGACGGUGGUGGUGUGCUUGAUAGAGUUAAUUCGCACCGGAAUGCGUUUAAGAUUUAUACGUUUUUUCUGAUUCAUGUGGUGUUAUCUCAGGAAGCUGCCGGUGGUUCUAGCAAUGCUACUAAAGCGCUGCCAAGUGGCAGGAAGAAACAUCCUGCUAGCUCAUGGAAUUGGGAGGCUCAAAGGGGACGCAUACUAAAUUUGAUUGCAAAUUCUCUGGAAAUCAACCUCUCAUUGCUCUUUGGCUCAUCAGACCCAGAUGAAAAUUAUCUGUCUUUUGUAGUGAGAAAUUCACUUUCUAUGUUCGAGAAUCCAACACUGUUGAAAGAUGCUGAUGCAAAAGAAGCUUUAUGCCGUAUCAUUGGAACCUGUGCAACAAAAUACCACUAUUUAGCUCAAUCUUGUGCUUCAAUCUUGCAUUUACUUCACAAACACGAUUUUGUCGUUAUACACUUGGCUGAUGCUGUUGCUUGGGCCGAGAAAAAGUAUUCAGACGGGAGUCUGUGUAUCUCUCUCAUUAGAGAUAUAGGGAGAACUAACCCAAAAGACUACGUAAAAGACACUGCUGGAGCUGAUAAUAUUGGUCGGUUUCUUGUAGAGCUCGCUGAUCGUUUACCAAAGUUAAUUUCAACCAACAUUGGUUUACUAGUUCCUCAUUUCGGUGGAGAAUCGUACAAGAUACGGAAUGCUCUUGUUGGAGUGUUGGGGAAGUUAGUAGCAAAAGCCUUUAAUGAUAUCGAAGGUGAAGUAAGUACGAAGUCUAUUCGUCUUCGAACGAAGCAGGCGAUGCUGGAAAUUCUUCUAGAACGUGCUAGAGAUGUUUCAGCUUAUACUCGAAGUCGAGUGUUACAAGUAUGGGCGGAGCUCUGCGAAGAACAUUCUGUAACUAUUGGUUUAUGGAAUGAAGUUGCUGUAGUAGCUGCUGGACGGUUGGAAGAUAAGAGUGCGAUAGUGAGAAAAUCUGCACUGAGUUUGUUAAUUAUGAUGCUGCAACAUAAUCCGUUUGGGCCACAACUGCGUGUAGCUUCAUUUGAGGCAACGUUAAAGGAGUACACGAAGAAGUUGAAUGAACUAGAACCGAAUCGGUCAUCAGAAAGCGUAUUGGAUGCAUCACAUUUGGAUAGUGUGGAUAGUGAUACAGGAAAUGAAGAUGGUGACAAUGAUGGAGUUUUGAAGAAGCAGGACGAUAGUUUGACGGACAGCUGUAUCGCACAAGAGGAUGAACAGAGUACUCAAAUGGAUAGUUCGGUACCAGAUGUUGGGAAUUUGGAGCAAACCCGGACUUUGAUUGCGUCACUUGAAGCGGGAUUGAGAUUUUCAAAGUGUAUAUCUGACACCAUGCCGAUCCUUGUCCAAUUAAUGGCUUCAUCAUCAGCAACUGAUGUUGAAAAUACGAUUUUAUUGCUGAUGAGGUGCAAACAGUUUCAGAUUGAUGGAUCCGAAGCCUGCCUUAGAAAGAUGUUGCCACUGGUAUUCUCUCAAGAUAAAUCUAUUUGUGAAGCUGUGGAGAAUGCAUUUGUUACAAUCUACAUAACAAAGAGUCCACCUGAAACCGCUAAAAACCUUAUAACUCUUGCCACCGAUUCAAACAUUGGGGACCUUGCAGCAUUGGAGUUUAUCGUUAAUUCAUUGGUGUCUAAAGGGGACAUCUCCACUAGUACGGUGUCAGCAUUGUGGGACUAUUUCUGUUUCAACGCUAGUGGAACUAGUGCAGAACGCAGCCGCGGGGCUCUAUCUGUACUCUGCAUGGCUGCCAAAUCAUCAGCCGAUAUUCUUAGUUCCCAUCUACAAGAUAUAAUCGAUAUCGGUUUCGGUAGGUGGGCAAAGGUAGAACCUUUGCUUGCUAGAACCGCUUGUAUUGCACUACAACGGUUAUCUCCCGUUGACCAAAAAAAUCUGUUGACUAAUCACGGCAGCAGGUUGUUUGGUGUUUUAGACGGUUUGAUUACCGGAUCUUGGAUUCCAGAACAUAUAUGGUAUGCUGCGGCUGAUAAAGCAAUCAGCACAAUAUACGCUAUUCAUCCUUCUCCAGAAACUCUAGCAGCUGAUUUGAUUAUAAAAUCUCAUAAUUCUGUUUUUGGAGUUGAUGGGUUGCAAAAUGACAAUAAUGUCCUUACUACAGCUCAAGCUACGAAACUAAGUAGAUUUCUAUAUGUUAUAAGUCAUGUUGCCAUGAAUCAACUGGUAUACGUUGAAUCAUGCGUUAGGAAGAUUCAGAAAGAAAAAGCAAAGAAAGAAAAACUAGCUGCAGAAGGCCAAAAUGCUGGCAGUAAUGGUAAAUCAAAGGAAGAUGAUAUAAACGCAGAAUUAGGCGUUGCUGCCACUGAGGAUGCAGUGCUUGACAUACUUUCUGAACGGGCCGAAAAGGAAAUUGUUUCUAGUGCUUCUACCGAAAAAAACUUGAUUGGAUACUGUGCACCGUUUGUGUCGAAACUGUGUAGAAACUUCAGUUUAAUGCAGAAGUAUCCUGAGUUACAGGCAUCUGGAAUGCUUGCUCUAUGCCGGCUGAUGAUAAUUGAUGCCAACUUUUGCGAAGCAAACCUUCAACUUCUAUUCACUGUCGUUGAGAGUGCACCAUCUGAAACUGUUCGCUCCAACUGUACAAUUGCUCUUGGUGAUCUGGCGGUUCGUUUUCCGAAUCUUUUAGAACCGUGGACAGAGAACAUGUACUCACGACUGCAUGAUCCUUCACUUUCUGUAAGGAAGAAUGCUGUUUUAGUUCUCUCUCAUCUCAUUCUCAAUGACAUGAUGAAGGUUAAAGGUCAUAUAAAUGAGAUGGCGAUGAGACUAGAAGAUGAAGAUGAAAGGAUUUCUAAUCUUGCAAAACUAUUUUUCCAUGAGCUGUCAAAGAAAGGAAAUAAUCCUAUAUAUAAUUUACUACCGGAUAUUCUUGGCAAGCUGUCAAACCAGGAUUUGAAACAAGAAUCUUUCUUCAACAUAAUGCAGUUCUUGAUAGGGUCAAUCAAGAAGGACAAGCAAAUGGAAGCCCUUGUUGAAAAGCUAUGCCAUAGAUUCAGUGGUGUCACAGAUGCUAGGCAGUGGGAAAACAUAUCAUACUGUCUCUCACAACUAUCGUUUACUGACAAAGGCAUUAAGAAGUUGAUAGAAUUAUUUAAAGUUUAUGAACAUGUUUUAUCAAAUGAUGCUGUGAUGGAUCAUUUUAGAAGCAUAAUAAACAAGGGUAAGAAGUUUGCAAAACCAGAACUAAAGGCAUGCAUCGAAGAAUUCGAGGGGAAAGUCGACAAAUUUCACAUCGAUAAAAAGGAACAGGAACUUACAGCAAGAAACGCAGCUGCUCAUCAACAGAAAGCGGAUGCCAUGAAAAACAUUACGCUGGAUGAGAAAAAUCAAGAGGAAAGUAGCGAGUCUGAAGCUGCUGAAGAUGGUGAGGUCAUGGAUCCCUCAAUGGAUGGAACAAGUGAUGUUUCUAGUAACGAAAAAGCUUCAAAACCUCUCGGGUCUGAAGAAUGUUCACACGCUUCUAGUCAAGUGAUUCAGUCAGAACCGUACGAUGAUGAUGAGGUCAAAUCUCCUGAAUUUGUUCCCAAAGGAACCGCGAAGCAGAGAGCUAAGAAAAAUAGUACAUCUGUGAAGGUAGAAUCACAUGCUGCAGCCGUGAGAGUUACAAGGUCUAGAAGAAGGUGAUCUUUCGUGUUGCAGGUAUAGAUGAUGAAUGAGGUUGACUUGACCUCCUGUUGGUGCUGUUUGUAAGAGAAACUUUGCUUUUAAGACAAGUAAUGUAUGUGUUCACAACUUUUAAGACAUAAUCUAUUCUCACAAGAGCUAACCUAGUUGGGUUAUUCCUGUGGCAUCGUGCUCUAGAUGGUGUUGGUUCAGAGCCGAUAAUGGGCUAGCUGGGCCUUGUCAUCUCGCGAUCAAGGUCCUUAAGUUGAAAUAGUUUGGCAUGAAAAAUUUAUUGUUAAGCUAAAUUUGAGUUGAGAAUACAACUUUGCAUCUUGUUUUCUA